AGAAAAACAUGGUUCAGAAACUGGAAACUGUGUUAAAACUCAAGUCAAGUGCUGAGCAAUUCUAUAGUUUAUGGAAGGAUCGAGUCUACGAGGUGCCUACCUAUACCCCUUCCAAUGUUCAGGAAGUUGAUCUCUGUAAAGGUGACUGGGGGAUUUCUGGCUCCAUCUUGGCCUGGUAUUACACCAUGGGUGGGGAAGAAGGGGUAUUCAAAGAAAAGCAUAUAGUGGACGAUGAGAACAAAAUAGUGGCUACGAUUGGUCUAGAAGGUGAAGUAUUCAACAUGUACAAGGUCUAUAAUCCCAUCUGGGAGUUCAUUCCUAAGCCAAAUGGCUGCAGCUUGGCCAAAAUUACUCUUGAAUAUGAGAAGCUAAAUAGGACUGUCCCUGUUCCUUAUAAUUACAUGGAUUUUCUUAUCCAAAUCACUAGAGAUAGUGAUGAAGGGCUCAUCAGGGAAUCUGAUUGUCAAAACUAAGUAAAACUGUGAGAGA